GGGCCAGUGGGUCGCGCUCGCUGCUCGCACACCCUUCGGACGCUGCCUGGCCGGGCUCGCCGCCGCCGCCGCCGCCUCCUCCUCCCAGGGAGCCGCCGGGGCGGGGCAGAGGGGGAGAGGGGGUGUGCGGAGCGGGCGGGGAGGGGGCUGAGCGCCGUGGGAGGGAGCGAAGGAGCGAGCGAGCGAGCGAGCGAACGAGCGGGGCAUUUCUGCGCAGCUCCCGAGCGUCUUGGAGCCCGCCCGGGCGGCCACUGGACGAGAGGACCGAGAGACAGACAGACAGACGGCUCCCGGAAGCCGCGCCGCCGCCGCCAGGUUAGCAGGGCGCGGAGACCGCGCAGGCUGUCGCUACGUCCGGAGCCCCGCGUGCUGGAGGACGUGCGUGGCCGGAGCCGGAGCUACGAUUCGUGUCUUUGCUGGUGCCUGGCUGAGAACAUCCUCCCCAGGGAGCCAGUGUGCCAAGGAGGGGCGUGCUGGUCACCAUGACAACAGAGACAGGCCCAGAUUCUGAGGUGAAGAAGGCUCAGGAGGAGACUCCACAGCAGCCCGAGGCUGCCGCCGCUGUGACUACCCCGGUGACCCCCUCGGGCCACAGCCACCCAGAGACCAAUUCCAAUGAGAAGCAUCUGACCCAGCAGGACACAAGGCCUGCUGAACAGAGCCUGGACAUGGAGGAUAAGGAUUACAGUGAGGCCGAUGGCCUGUCGGAGAGGACCACGCCCAGUAAGGCCCAGAAGUCACCCCAGAAGAUUGCCAAGAAGUUCAAGAGUGCCAUCUGCCGCGUCACCCUGCUCGAUGCCUCUGAGUACGAGUGUGAAGUGGAGAAACAUGGCAGGGGCCAGGUACUAUUUGACCUGGUCUGUGAGCACCUUAACCUCCUGGAGAAGGACUACUUCGGUCUGACCUUCUGCGAUGCCGACAGCCAGAAGAAUUGGCUGGACCCCUCCAAGGAAAUCAAGAAGCAGAUCCGGAGUAGUCCCUGGAACUUUGCCUUCACAGUCAAGUUCUACCCUCCCGACCCAGCCCAGCUGACAGAAGACAUCACAAGGUACUACCUGUGCCUGCAGCUGAGGGCAGACAUUAUCACAGGCCGCCUGCCUUGCUCCUUUGUCACGCACGCCCUGCUGGGCUCCUAUGCUGUGCAGGCUGAGCUGGGCGACUAUGAUGCUGAGGAGCACGUGGGCAACUAUGUCAGUGAGCUCCGCUUCGCCCCAAACCAGACCCGGGAGCUGGAGGAGAGAAUCAUGGAGCUGCACAAGACAUACAGGGGCAUGACCCCGGGCGAGGCAGAGAUCCACUUCCUGGAGAACGCCAAGAAGCUUUCCAUGUAUGGAGUUGAUCUGCAUCAUGCUAAGGACUCUGAGGGCAUCGAUAUCAUGCUAGGUGUCUGUGCCAAUGGCCUGCUCAUCUACCGGGACCGCCUGAGAAUCAACCGCUUUGCCUGGCCCAAGAUUCUCAAGAUCUCCUACAAGAGGAGUAACUUCUACAUCAAGAUCCGGCCUGGGGAGUAUGAGCAGUUCGAGAGCACCAUCGGCUUCAAACUCCCCAACCACCGCUCAGCCAAGCGGCUGUGGAAGGUCUGCAUUGAGCACCACACGUUCUUCCGGCUGGUGUCUCCGGAGCCCCCACCCAAGGGCUUUCUGGUGAUGGGCUCCAAGUUCCGGUACAGUGGGAGGACCCAGGCCCAGACCCGCCAAGCCAGUGCCCUUAUCGACCGGCCAGCCCCCUUCUUUGAACGUUCUUCCAGCAAACGCUAUACCAUGUCGCGCAGCCUUGAUGGAGAGUUCUCCCGCCCUGCCUCAGUCAGUGAGAAUCACGAUGCGGGGCCCGAUGGUGACAAGCGGGAAGAUGAUGCCGAGUCAGGGGGUCGUCGAUCAGAGACUGAAGAAGGAGAGGUCAGGACGCCCACCAAGAUCAAGGAGCUGAAGCCGGAGCAGGAAACUACGCCAAGACACAAGCAGGAGUUCCUGGACAAGCCAGAGGACGUCUUAUUGAAGCAUCAGGCCAGCAUCAAUGAGCUCAAGAGGACCCUGAAGGAGCCCAACAGCAAACUGAUCCACCGGGAUCGAGACUGGGAUCGGGAGCGCAGGCUGCCCUCUUCGCCUGCCUCCCCCUCCCCCAAGGGCACCCCAGAGAAAACCAAUGAGGGCUCAGAGCAUUGGGUAUUUAUAGAAAGAGUGUACACUAGGCCGGAAGACCUUGGCCUCCUAACUGUAGCCACCACACAACGGGAAGAAAGUGAAUCAAGCCUCACUGAGAUCCUCACUGAUGGCAGACUCUCCAAGGUAGACAUCCUGGUGGACAAGUUCAAAGUUGAAGUGGCCACAGAAGAAACAGUGAGAGCCAGAAGAACAAGUAUACAACAGCAAGGGAAAAUGAUUGCAAGUCCAGAAGACUUUGAGACAAUGAGAGAGGAAGACCCGUGCAUCAGGGGAGGUCCCAGAGAAGCUACUCGGGCUGCAGGCUACACAUCAACAGACACGCUUCUCGAAGGCUCCAAGCUCAAGAUCAGGAGCCACCGAGUCUCAAAUGGUCAACUAGAGAGCCAAGUAGAAUUGAGCAAAGGGCUGGAGAGGCCCCAGACCUGGGGAAGACCUACAGCUGCAGGGGUUGGGCCAGUGCAGGGAGAGGUUCUUUCUCCUGCAUCAGACAAGGGCGGACUCCAGUCCUUCCUGUUGGAUCCAGCCCAAACAGAAGCCAGAGCUGACUCAAGCGAUGAGACUGACACCUCCUUCGCGGAGAGGAGCUUCUGUCUGAACUAUGGCGGGAAAGACUCUGAAGACCCGCUUCUUGCCCCAUCCUCAGAGGACAGAGAAAAGCACGUGGAUGCCCUUCCUGGAGACGGGACCUGGCUGGAGCUGGCUGGCAUGCACACAGAGAGCUGGGAGCUGAGGUCCUCACACCCAAGGGCUUCUGCCCCAGGUUCCAGCCAGAAUAAGGAUGAAGCCCAUGUGGCUUCCUCAGCAGCAUCCCCGUCCCCCAGGGACCAUGGAAGACCUGAUGACCUGCAGGAAGCUGCUGUCUGUCAGACUCUUAAAGAGGGCUGGGAAAACACACAGCGAGGGCUGGAAGGAGAGCUGGCCUACCCAGUGGCUGGCAUAGCUGAAGAUGAGGUCCCCACGAGUAUAGACUGGACGGGAAAGACUGAGAAAAGUCCCCCGGCAAGAUGGAAGAAGAAUGCCCUUAGUGGAGGAGGAGGGGUGCACCUGGAUGCCCAGGCUUGUGCUCUUCUGAGGACCAUCCCCCCCUGUGUCAGGAAGCCAGCCAGGCCAGACCAAGGCCGCUUCCUGCCCAAAGAGAAGGAGGUAGUUUCCACUCAUGCAGUAGAACCUGAGACAGAGGACAGGGAGGCAGUCACCCCCCUGCCAGCCUCCUCUGGUCGCUCUGAGGUUCUGGCAGCCACUUCUCUAGGCCCAGUCCCUCCUGGGUCAGGGGGCCCUUCAGAGUCCAGGGAUUUCUUUAGAGAUCAGUUCCCAGUAGUUCUCAAAUAUAUCCAUCUUCCUGAAGAGAGCCCAGUACCCGAGGACCCACAAGGUGAACAGAAAGCACCUCCAGUUGCCAGCAAGAAGCCCAGAGUUGUCCCUGAAGGAACCGAGGGGCCUGCACUCCUGGGGUUGACGUUCCCUUCAGGAAAGCCAGAGACUUCCCUCCAGGAUAGGGACCAAGGGGGUUCCCAGGAAGAUAUUAGCAAGACAUCAGUAGCUAACAAAAUUCGGAUAUUUGAGACCCAUGGAGCUGAGACUUGCCGACCUAGUCAGGGUGAAAUGAGGGCUCUUCCGCAUGAGCUGCCUCCGGAAGCUUCUCUAGGACAAGUGGAACAGAGCAAUGAGCGGCUGGACUUGGGCUUCAUCCAACUCCAGGCCCCUGGGGACUUGGCCAGCCCCAAAGUUACCUGUUCUUCUGCCAUGCCUCUGGCCACCCAGCACUGCGGGGAGGUCACCCCAACUGCCUCCCACCAGGAAAGAUGCACAGGCUCAGAGCUCGUGUCCCCUGAUUCAGGCUGUGACACCACGCUGGAGGAAGCUACUGGGAGCAAACCCGGAGAUGUGGGCAGGGAAGACCAGAGCUCCUUCGUCCGCUUAGUGCCAAACACCCCUGGAAAGGGGGGGCGUCUGAGAUUCGCCAGCCCUCCGGGCCCUCAGAGAGCAGGGCUGAGGGAGGGCUCGGAGGAGAAAGUCAAACCGCCACGCCCACGUGCCCCAGAGAGCGACACAGGAGAUGAGGACCAGGACCAGGAGAGGGACGCCGUAUUCUUGAAGGACAACCACCUGGCCAUUGAACGCAAGUGCUCCAGCAUAACGGUCAGCUCCACGUCCAGCCUGGAGGCUGAGGUGGACUUCACGGUUAUUGGUGACUACCACGGGGGCGCCUUUGAAGACUUCUCCCGAAGCCUCCCUGAGCUUGAUCGGGAUAAAAGUGACUCUGAGACAGAGGGCCUGGUGUUCGCCCGGGAUCUCAAGGGGCCUUCCAGCCAAGAGGAUGAAUCUGGAGGCAUCGAGGACAGCCCGGAUCGAGGGGCCUGUUCCACCCCAGAAAUGCCCCAGUUUGAGUCAGUGAAAGCAGAAACCAUGACCGUCAGCAGUCUGGCAAUCAGGAAGAAGAUUGAGCCAGAGGCCGUGCUGCAAAGCAGAGUCUCCGCUGCAGACAGCUCCCAGGUUGAUGGGGGUGCUCCAGUGGCGAAAGACUUCAUGAUGACUCCCCCCUGCAUCACCACAGAGACCAUCUCGACCACCAUGGAGAACAGUCUCAAGUCCGGGAAGGGGGCAGCUGCCAUGAUCCCAGGCCCACAGACGGUGGCCACGGAAAUCCGUUCUCUUUCACCGAUCAUCGGGAAAGAUGUCCUCACCAGCACGUACGGCGCCACCGCGGAAACCCUCUCAACCUCCACCACCACCCAUGUCACCAAAACUGUGAAGGGAGGGUUUUCUGAGACAAGGAUUGAGAAGCGAAUCAUCAUUACAGGGGAUGAAGAUGUCGAUCAAGACCAGGCCCUGGCUCUGGCCAUCAAGGAAGCCAAGCUACAGCACCCAGACAUGCUGGUAACCAAAGCUGUUGUCUAUAGAGAAACAGAGCCAUCCCCGGAGGAGAGAGACAAAAAGCCACAGGAAUCCUGACCUCUGUGAAGAGAUGCUGGCGUGUCUGGUCCAACCCAAGCCAGAGAACCAUUAAGAAGGGGCCUUCAUUCUGGAUUCUCCGACAACACCAACAUCCCAGCUGCGACAUACUGUCACUGAUGAGAGACUGGGAAGGGAAAGCAUAUAUAUAUAGAUAUAUAGAGAUAUAGAUAUAUAUACAGGAAACACCGCGUCCUCGCACCGCUGCUGGGGCUGGCGGAGCAGUCAGCUGACGGCCACAACCAACAUCUGCAACAACCUUCAUUUCCUUUGCAGACAAAUUGAAUUGGUGGGAUUUUUUUUUUUUUCAAGAAAAUGUAUAACAAUCAUUAUCUCUCGCUCCCCAACCCCCAUCUCCUGCAAACUACAAAAGCAGACCGCCAUGAUUGUAGACAUUUCCUUGAACCCUGGCUGCACAGACUCCAGGAUGGAUGAGCACCCCGUUUGUUCUUCAGCCUCUGUUGCUCCCUCUAAUGCAAAGGAAGAAAGAAAUAAGAUCAUGUAGCCGAGGAAGAAAAGGCCCAGCAGCAAGACAGGCACAGUCGGCAAUUUUCCAAGAAAGAAUGGAAGUGUCCCACCGGGGAGGAGGGCGAGGAGCGCUCAGUCGUUCCUUUCUGGGUCCUGACACUGGGCUGCAAAAUCCCCUCUGUUUUUCUGCCUCCCCGCUUCGCCCUUGACUUCUACUCAUCCUGUCCUCAUUCUCUGUCUCAGCUCCCCUCUGCCACUCUCCCUGACCCUCCUGUUCUGUGUCCAGGUCCUGCUGAGGGCCACUGCAGAUAACUCUCAUUGGAAGAAAAAGAAACUACAAGAGCAAAAGGAAGCCAUGGGAAGGGAAGUAGACACUGUAUGCUUCCGGUUUCUCAUGUCGGAGGUGCAGCUCGUAGGAGAUGAUAUGACUGUGAUUUUAAGUUAUGUAUAUUCCAUGUAACAGGAAACAAAUAUUAAAAUAAACUGUGCUGGUAAGUAUGCAGCUGACAUUGCAAGUUAUAAUUACCUGACUGUGAUUGAUGUAUCCUAAGGUUCCUAGAUCUUGCCAAACUGGCCCAGCCGAGAACACUGGACUCUGGGUGCGGCCAGCUCCCAGUAGGGCUGACAGAUUCAGUGUAGUGAAACUGUGUGUGGUGUUUGUAACUGGGUGAUUGGUGGGGAGAGUGGAGAAGCCCUCCAUGGAGAGGUGAGGGUUCUGGCCAGAAGGGAGCAACACAGAUGUAGUCCCGAAUGUGCCAGGCCAAAAUGCCUUCUCCCCCAGCAGUAGCUGUCAGGGCCUGGUCUGUGCUCAGGACGCUGCUGCAGAGGUCCCUUAGGUCAGUCCUCCUACCUCCAGGGGGCUUGCCUUGGUUUUCGGUCCUCUCUUCCUGUUUUCCUGUUACCAGGGUCCUUGUUUGGGUUUGUGCUCUGCCGUGUUUCUUGCCUGGUUCCUCAGCACCUCAUCACAGUGAGUUUUUUUCUCUAAAGGGAGGUGGGGCCCUGGCUGAGGUGGAGAGCCUCCACUCUAACCUGGUUUUCUGAAAGGCCCAGCUGGUCUUUCCCCUCUGCCUCUGUGCGUCUUGUGAGUCAUCCUCUUCUUCCCGAGCUAAAUAAAGUAGCCAUGAUAAACAGGCCAUGCGCACAGGGAAGGCCAUGGUAGGCCCACACUGCAUUUCCAAAGGCCUCAGCUAUCCUUAAACAAUAGCAGCUGUGAGGAAGUGUUGCCCGAUGGCUCCAUCCACAUUAGACCCUGGCUUGCUGGACCUCAGUCCGUCAGUAUCCAAGCUCAGAAAUGGCCUUGAGGUGACAGGAGCCCUUGGAGAAAACCCUGCCACAGGCUGCUAUUUCGGUCUGGCACAUGCAGGCUUGCCCUGGCUUGCUCACAGUGUCUCUCCUUUUCUGAGUGAAAGUAUCCCACAGCAGUCCCAUCUCACUUCCUGUCCUGCUGAGGCAGUUUAUACAUCGAGUCAACAAGUGUUUAUGAGUUUCCUAUUUGUGUCAGGCUCUGUUUUCAAGAUAGAAGGAGAGGGGGGACCUGGGAAGCCACUGGACAAGCCUGUCCCUAACCAUAGCUGGCUCUUUUCAGAACACUUCUUCAUUCCCUCCACCCGAUUAGACGUUCCCCAGAGAUGUCUCUCAGAGAGCCCAGACUGGAUGUGCCCUCUCAGCUUGCUUUUUACUUAUACGAUGUACACCUUAUUUACUCACAGGUGCUGGCCUGACACAGGGCAAGAAGCUAGGAUAGCUUACGUCUCUGUGGCAGCUGAGGAGAGCCAGGCUCUUAGAAAACAGAGUCAGCCAUAUGCCCCUGGUGCAGGCUGGUAGGCCUGCUCCGCUCCAGUGUGGCAGUGCAUUGUCUCUGCUCCAGGAUCUUUGGCCAUUCUUGAUGGAGAAGCCACAGAACCUCUUCCUGCUCUUCACGACAAGCAAGCUCCCACUGUUUCUCUGAGCCCAGAGCGGGAAUGGUUCUAUCCCCUUGGAGUCAGGCUCAGGUCUCACCUGCUUUUGCAGGAACUCCCCGGCCUGUACACACAAGACACACAUACCUCAGAGGGAGCUGCUUUGUUCAGAGUUGUACCUGCUCUGAAUGUGGGCUACAGGGCAAGGACGAAAUGACCCAGCUUAGCUCGUAGGAGGUUAGCUUUGGGGAGAUACUCCAUGGAUGUUCUGACCGGUUUUUUUCCCCCCAGAGAGGCAGUUAGCACCCCGCCCAGGGAGGAGGAGACCUACACAGCUAAAAUCUAGGGCACUGUCUCCUCCCCCUCCUCCACUUCAUAGAGAAUAAGGACGUUGUGUUGUCUGACUUCAGCCUACUUUUUCUUUUUGCUUUUUGUGUGUGUGUGUGUGUGUGUGUGUGUGUGUGUGUCUCAUCAUCUCUGUGGCACCUCGCUCUCCGGGGGGCUGGGUAACAGAGUGAGAAAAGCCUCAGAGAGCAGUCAGGGUUCCAGGUGACCAUCUCCGAUGCAGCUCCUAACUCACCCACGUGACACUGGGCUAGCCUGUGUAACUCAGUGGGGCAGGGCAAAUGUUGCAUCCUGAGGCUUCUUCCCACGCUGUGUCUCAUGCACCUUUGUUUUUCCCCACGUUUGCUUUCUGUGAAUCUUUUCCACACGAGGGUACAGGAAGUGCCAGGACCUGUUUCAGUUUCUGAACCCUGCAAGCACAUACCAAGACUGGCCUGAAAUUGCAUGAGCACAUCACUCUAGAUAUCUAUUUUUUUCAAAAGCACCUUACCAGCCAACUAUAUGCUGUCCUGUUCCUUUCCGCCCACUCUCCUCUCUCCUCUCUCGUCCCCACGCUCCCCCACCUCAGUGCUCCGUGCUGUAUGCGUGUGCUCUCUGUUCUUGUAUACUCAAUAAAAGUGAAAUAAAUGUGUUUGAUGCUGAA